UGAAUUUACCGCGUUUUAGGUUGGCGGCAGGUAGCGUAGUGAUCAUAAAUAUAGUCUAUAAUUUUUGGUUAACAACAGUGACAUUUCCGAGGACUGGUAUUCUGUGGAGUGGAUUUAUUUAAUGACAAACACUUUAAGUAGUUUCUUUUUAAAAUGGAAUUGAAUAGCAAAACGGAUGAAAAACCGGCUUUAGAAAAUGUUAACGAGGAGUGCGAUAAAAAGAUUGUUGAAUCCAUGUCACAGGCCGGCGAAAACAUUAAAAACAAUAACGGCAAUACUAAUUCAAAAAGUGAGCAAAUCAGUGAAAUAGAAGGAAACAGCUCAUCAGUGACACAAACUAAACAAAACAGUGAUAGAAAUGUGUGUGAGAAGGAUGAGACAAAUACUAAACAAAACAAUGAAAUAAAAUCAGAUGAUUUGAUUAAUAAACGCGACAGUAACAAAUUUGACAGUUCCAAGGUGGAAACUAAUCAAAAAAAUAAUACUAACACAUCUGACAACAAAACAACAUCAGAGCAAAGCAUCAAUUCCAUCUUAAAAGUAGAGAAUUCUAAUGACCCCGAUAUUAUAAGUGAAGCAAAAGAAAUUGAUGGUGAAAAAGAUGUUGAAUAUGAUGUGCCAGAUGAUUUCUUUGAUGAUUUCCUCAAACAGGACUUCAUGGAAGGUCUGGAUAUAGUUGAUGAUGAUGAUGUGUCAGAGAAUGAAAAGAAUCGAUUAGUGACAGAAUCAAAGGAGCAAAGCAAAGAGACUAAAACAACACCCAAAAAAACUGAAACUAAAUCCAAGGAAAGAGACAAGUCAUCAAAAUCAAAUUCAGAGGAGAAACGUCGUGAUCCGGAGAAAACCAAAAGGGACAUACAGAACUACAAAAUGAAAUGCAUGAAGGACCAACAGAGAAAGCUCCUGACAGAAAGGUUGGACUCAGGUCUGGUUCCUCCAGGGAUGGAAAUGGAGGUGGACUCUGAUGUGAAUAUCAGCCUCAAGGAAGACAAAAAGGAACAAUCCAAAUCCGAUACGGAAGACCCGCCGUCUAAACGACGGAAAGUCAGACAAAGUCCCGUGCGCAAGCAUAGCCCGAUACGUAAUCCCAGCCCGAUGCACAAAAGAAAUCCGCUGCGCAAAACCAGCCCGUUGCGUAAGGUUAGUCCGCUGCGCAAGACCAGCCCUCUGCGCAAACGCUAUUUCAGCCCGACGCGGCUGCGCGGCAACGUGAGGCCAAGCCCGGACCGUAGAAUGUCACCUCUGCGACGACGGGUGUCUCCAAUGAGGAGGGACUCGUCCCACUACACGAACAAGUCUCCCGACGAACUGAAAAGGGGGCGAUCGUCCCAGUCAGGGCGUAGAAGUCACGAACGCAGGAAGAGCCACUCUAGGUCACCUAGGCGACGGUCACGCAGCAGUGAUCGCAGGGGCUACCGCGACCGAAGGAGCCGGCGCAGCAGGUCUCGCAGCCCAAAACGUCGCAAGACGAAGUACGGAGAGAAGUCAUUCCUGGAGGAGAUAGCCGAGAAGCUGAAUGAAACGCGGCCGAUGAUGCCGAUGGCUCCAAUGUACCAGGGCGGCGUACAAGCUCCUAUUCCCGCCCCUGUUAUGUAUCCUGUCGUCCAGCCGACGUACGACCAGCAGUUCUUCAUCGGCAACACGAAUCUUCCUGCUACUUCCCACGUUCCCGGUUCGGUUAAUCAGCAAGUACAACCAAUGACUAGAAUGACUGUGCUCCAAGCUCCGCCAGUCAUACCGAUGACGCAACCCUAUAUGAUGGAACAACCUGUUGUUCCCCCUGUACCUAAUUUGCAGACCGUCCCCACCGUGCCUCAGGAAGUCCAAACGCCCAAACAGCCCGAACCAGAACAAGAAAUCGACGAACAAGAGCAGCUUGCAAAAUUGUUUGAAGAGAAGAAAAUUUCGUUGUCAGAGUAUCUAUCUAGGGCGUCCAAUACGAAAGUACAAUCGACGAGUCCUGAAUCUCUUAAGGAAAAAGUUCAAGUGAUAUCAAUGUGCCAUGAUGCCAUAAAAUUCCUGGACAACGGCAAGAAGUACAUCGGAAGAUUGUCAGUAAAACCAACAAAGGAACAACCACCAGUCCCAGUGUCAAUCAAGAACAAAUCGCCUUUGCUGCGAUCCAGCCGCAUUCGCUUCCCAUUUACUAAGCCGCCUGCAAAUGUGCCGCCAGGCAAAGAGUUUUCCUCCAGCAUGGAGCGUCUAUUGCAAUGCGUCGGCCUGUCUACGAGGGCGGUCGCCCUCGAACCGGUACCGCAAGAAAAAAAAGAAGAGGCGGCUGUCGCCAGAAAAUCGAUCGACAACGCCCGAAACGUGCUACCGAAAAUGGUGCAAACCGACCCCUAUCGCUGUGAGAACUGUGAAAUCAGAAAGCGCAAGAGUUUUAACGCGAUCAGUGUGCAAUGUGGUGAACCAGUUAUAAAAAUGGUGUCAGUCGAGACGCAGGUGUGCGAGGAAGAUCUGAUGCCGAAGAAGAAGUCGCUGGCCGCACUGACGCCCGCCCAACUGCUGGGUAAAAUACAGGAGACGAACACUUUCAAUCCGCCGGUGAGGGACACGCAGCGGGGGCCGCCGCCCAGGACCUUUCAGACCUUCAAUCCGAUGCCCCAGUCGUCGAUGAAUCCAUACGGGUGCGGGUACCGACCACGCUACAAGAGGAUGUAGACUUUGUCUUAGACUUUAGGAAUAACGCAUUAUUGUUUUUUUUUUUUUUGUGAGAAUUUUUUCUAAUUUGUUUAUUUUUUAUUAUAAAGGAAUAUAUUGUUAUGUGAUACAAUAAAUAUUGUAAACUGGA